UUGUCAUAUGGUCUUUGUCCCCUCAGAGACUCAGAGUGAGGAGAGGAGGAACAUGUCCGCCGUGCAGCUGCUGCGGGUGUCGGUACAUGAGCGGAUCAGCGCUGCCGCUGAAGACUUCCUGCUGCAGGUGGAGAAAGGAGAAGGAAAGGAUCAAGUCCCGGAGCUGAGAGCGAUGCUCACUGAGCGGCUCGCGGCGGCGGGGGAACAGAUCCUCGCGGGGCUUGAGGAAAUCUUGUUAGAGUACGAGGACCGAGUGGGGCGGUCCGAGCGGGAGAUCUGCCGACAGAGGAGGCUGCUCGAUGCCGCGAUGAAGCCAGUAGUCCGGCUGAACAGAGCAGUGUGUCCUGCAGACAUCCAGCAACUGGUGGUGAUUAAAGAAGAGGUCCCCCCUGAGGAGCAGCACUUGAGCCCCCUUGUGGACCCGGAGGACUUAGAGCCCCCCCACAUUAAAGAGGAACAGGAGGAACUGUGGACCAAUCAGGAUGGACAGCAGCUUCAAGGACUGAAGGAGGCUGAUAUCAAGUUCACAUUGACUCCUGUCGCUGUGAAGAGUGAAGAAGAUGAAGAGAAACUUAAAUCGUCAAAGCUUCAUCCCAGUGAGACGAAGGAGAACAGAGCGGACUGUGGAGGACCAGAACCAGCAAGGAACUCAGGUCCUGAUGGACGUUUACAACCAGGUCCUGAGGACAAGACUGAAGACUCUUCUGAGACUGAAGUCAGUGAGGAUGAAUGGAUGGAGACCAGGGAAACUCAGACUGGUUUAAAUACAAGAAAUAACAAACAGCAUCUAAGUGAUAUGGGAUGUAAGACAGAAAAAAAAACGUUUAGUUGUUCUGAGUGUGGUAAAGGAUUUCGCCAUAGGGGCAAUCUAAAUGAACAUAUGAGGAUUCAUACAGGAGAGAAACCGUUUAGUUGCUCUGAGUGUUGUAAAAGAUUUAGCCUUAGGAGCCAUCUAAAUAGACAUAUGAGGUUUCAUACAGGAGAGAAACAGUUUAGUUGCUCUGAGUGUGAUAAAGGAUUUAAUCAUAGGGGCCAUCUAAAUAUACAUAUGAGGAGUCAUACAGGAGAGAAACCGUUUAGUUGCUCUGAUUGUGGUAAAAGAUUUAGCGAUAGGAGCCAUCUAAAUAGACAUAUGAGGAUUCAUACAGGAGAGAAACUUUUUAGUUGCUCUGAGUGUGGUAAAAGAUUUAACCAUAAGGGCCACUUUAAUACACAUAUGAGGAGUCAUACAGGAGAGAAACCGUUUAGUUGCUCUGAUUGUGUUAAAAGAUUUAGCGAUAGGAGCCAUCUAAAUAGACAUAUGAGGAUUCAUACAGGAGAGAAACUUUUUAGUUGCUCUGAGUGUGGUAAAAGAUUUAGCGAUAGGAGCCAUCUAAAUAGACAUAUGAGGAUUCAUACAGGAGAGAAACUUUUUAGUUGCUCUGAGUGUGGUAAAAGAUUUAACCAUAAGGGCCACUUUAAUACACAUAUGAGGAAUCAUACAGGAGAGAAACUCUUUAGAUGCUCUGAGUGUGGUAAAAGAUUUAACGAAAGAAGCAAACUAAAAACGCAUAUGAGAAGUCAUACAGGAGAGAAACCGUUUAGCUGCUCUGAGUGUCGUAAAAGUUUUAACCAAAGGUCAAAUCUAAAUACACAUAUGAGCAGUCAUACAGAAGAGAAACCGUUUAGUUGCCCUGAGUGUGAUAAAGAAUUUCGCCAAAGGAGCGAUCUAAAAACACAUAUGAGGAUUCAUACAAGAGAGAAACCGUUUAGUUGAUCCGAGUGUGGUAAAAGAUUUAAGAUUGAGUCCUAUUGUAUGAGACGUGAGGAUUCAUUAAGGAGAGAAGUGAUUCAGUUGCAUCCUUUGCAACAAAUUUAUUAGGAACUAUGAGCAGAUAUUCAUAUUAUACAUAUUCAUAGUUCACUGUUUUAAAGGGAACAUAUUAUGAAAAUUCAACUUUUGUAGUGCUUCUAGAUGUUAAUUUGGGUAUCUGGCAUGUCUACCGUCCCAAAACUCUGGAAAAAAAACAUUCCUGCGAUUUGUAGUGGUUCCUAUAUAUCAGAAACCAGACGGGGUUACAACCAAAAAGUACGUCAUUUUCCAACUAUGCCCAUGUAGGGAGCCUCGCUACAUGGCCUUGGACCACCCCCCACCAUCAUCUCACCGGCUCCGGGAAGAGACGGCCUGAAUCCCCGGCUAGCUAGGGGAGACGGUGGAGCGCGUUAGCUAGCGUAAGCUCGCUGCUGCUACCCGUCAGGCAUCUAAGUGGCCGCAUAAACAUGCCGAUCAUCGAGGCGGAGACCCCUGGGACACGUUGAGUCAGCAGUGUGGAAGGUUGCUGCUGCUGCGACAGCUCCAGCACCCACUGCUCCCACUGCGGGGCUACGCUGGGGCUCUCGCAGCCAGGCUUCGGCCCACCUGACUCUGGUUCAAAACAAUAUGGUUGCAAGAUUGUCCUCUUUGUCUCCAGUAGCCAUAUUUCUAUAGAGGUAAUGGAUAGCUAAAAUUCUGGGCGCUUGUAUCUCGUGGAGGAGGGAUGAGGAGUGUGGUGCGGGGGGGGGGCACUCAAAACAGGUUUAUCUGAGGAGGGCUGUUUAAGACAGGUGUUGUUUUAAAUGAUCCUUGUGGUAUUUUGACCAAAAUAUUUCAUUAAGACCCCAAGGAACCAUAUCAACUGUGGUAAAUUAGGCAUACGAUGGGUCCUUUAAGUAGACUUUUAAUCAUUUUUAUGUCCCUUGAAAAUAUGACUCAUUUAAAUCAGUGUUUAUAUAUCUUGUUUCU